AAAACGAAAUCAAGGCUGUGUUGGCUGUGCUCCGAUUCGUAGACCGCAUCGUAGACAGUCUGCGCUGACAGCUUAGAAGUUUGUCUCGGCCGGUAAAGAUGGUAAUAUACGAUUGAAUGAGAGUGGCACCUCCGCUGGCAUUGAUCAGAACAACUGCUAGGUUUGCUGAUUCUGAGAACUCAGCCGCACGAUGGAAGUUAGUGAAGAUCCCUUGCCAUUUUCGAGGCCAAACAACUCUCACGUUGUUACAUGGCUGGAUUUCCUGCUCGACGAUUCUCUACUUGAAAAGCACCUCUCCAGGGAAAAACCAGAUCCUUCUCCAUAUGAGCUUGUGAUCCAGUUUUUGGCAAAUGCUAUUGAACCACCAUCUCAAGGGCCAAAUGGAGGCACUGUGCAGCAGGGUAACGGCCUCCCAGGCAUGGUCAACCUAGAUGGCACGCCAAAUGAACCAGGAAAUUGUUCACCUGAAGGGGAGCCAGGAAACCGCAAGUCCCUGCCUCUGAAGUUGCUGGCCCUGAAAGCGAUCGCUUUCCUAAAUUGGAACAUGGACCUUUGCGAGCAAAAGCUACCACUGACAAUGCAACAGACACUGAUAGCGGAGCUACAGAAAGCAACUUGUUGCCCUGAUCUGAAUGUGGAGCAGAGGCUGAGCAACCCUGAUGCUGCCUUUGCCUGCAUGAUCAAGUCCCGCUGGGUUUUGCGCACAGUUGUGCGCUCCUCUGUGCCUGUAAAGAGUGCUAAAGGGAUUGCUGUUCAGCUGCCUGGUCAAGUGGAUCCAACCGUGGUGACUUCUGAAAUGGCUGAUACAAUCACUAAAAAGUGUGAAGAGGAAUUGGAAGAAGCAGUGACAUUUUUGGAAAAGUUGUUGUCUCUCCGAACAACAGGCGGGUUGAACAUUCGGGUUCCUACAUAUGAAAGUUUCACCAUUGUCAAAGCCGAGAUCUUAGACCCCGAGCAUAAUCUGGAAAAGGGUGUAAUAGCCACUGUCGACGAUGUGUGCUGUCAGGUGUCGUACGAGCUUGGAACGUAUAAUUUCUACAAAGAGAACUACAAAAAGGCUGGGGAGCUUUUUGAAACUGCCCUCUCCCUCCAUCCAAAGGUGAAGAAGAAAUUGGUAUGUCAUUUGGACAUGGAGCGACUGAAGGGCUUCUGUGUGGCAUGCCGUCCACUUACCACGAAGAAAACCACAUCCCCACUGGAAAAGCUAAAGGCUACUUUGCAUGGCAACUGCAAGGCAACAGUGUCUGUGCUUCUUGAGGACAAUGUGAAGCGAGAGAUUCCUCUGUGGGAAAGGGAACUGGCUGAAGUCAGUGUCCACCAACUUGCCGCCGGUACGGAGGUGGCGGCACAGGUGUCGCUCGCCAACUGCGUACGCCGUAUAAUCGAUGGGGAGCUGUUUGUGUGCGGUUCUCAGGUGAACUUUCCAUCCCUUGACAAGGGCUGCAUCAUCUUUCUUAGCGAGGCACUGAAUUCUGUUAUCCCAACGCUGAAUGAAAAACAACUGGGCUUUUUGAGGAAUUUUGUUGGAUAUCUGUGCAAUGCCUCAGCGGAUGUGGCCAAAACACUUUCCUGCUCUGGUGUUAUGAAAAAGUACUUCCCAUCGGAUCAGGUGACCCCACCAGGUGAAAUACCACCAAAGAUUCCUCUGGAUAGGAUCUCCUUUUCUGCGGAGAACCCCGCCACACAUUUAGGGCGUAUGGCAAGAGCACUUGUGGCUUCACAUGACCCAGAAGAGAUUGUCUCUCUCAUGAAGUUUUUCCAGGGUGUUUCACCUCCUGUUCGGUUGUCAACACUGUGCUCGCAUUGGGAGCUGACUCGAAACCUGCGGGAGUUUCAUCGUGGUCUCCCACAGCAAUAUCAAGAUCGCAUGUUUGUCCAUUUGGCAAAAGCCCUCGAGUUGCGCAACCUGAAGUUGUUCACUCCAUCACUGCUGCUGUUUCGUGCGGUGGAAGCAGAACUACAUCUACCACAGGGCCUGGCAGCACUGUUGACAGCCGAGAUGCGCUACACGGAGGCCCUGCAGGCAGCUGAGUCUCUGCCAUUACCAGCCGGUGCUCAUAAGCCUGCAGAUAUCAUAGAACUGGCUCGCACAUCCAUACUUGCAUAUUAUGCUGAGGCUGAAAAAGAUUAUCGACCGUCUCAAGAGAUGGCUGAACUGUGCAGCGCACUGCUUAUGAACAUGGCAGAGUGGGAUGUCUUCUUGGAGAUUGAAAAACAGCAGCGAGGAUCAAUAGGCGUAUUCGAGUUGUCCAAGGCAUUGGCAGCAGUCUGCAAAGAUGUCUGCUCAAACAAGUUUACUCGAUCUGUUGCUCAAGAGCUCUGGGAUCUCUUACUGUCGAUGCUCCUAACAUCAGAAAGCCAGCAGCAGAAAAGGUCUGUUAUAGGAGCUGUCAAGGAUGGUGGCCAGCGGGACACUGUCGCACCCACUUUAAGCAGGCACACAUUCCAUUCUUUUCUUCAGCAGCUGAAGGACAACUUGGCUUUGACGCUACUGCUGUCGUGCCUUGCCAGGAUAUACAAUAUUUUAAGGGAGGACACUGGGUCAGAGGUGUGCCUAGAGUACCCACAACUUUGGCCAACAGUGAUCAGCAGCCCAUCCAACUAUUGCCGGUCAACAGCAACUGAUGUGUUUCAUGCGACACUGCAACACUGCCUAGCUACCAACAACUCCCACGCUGGUUGGGUGAAAGUACUUGCUGACUUCUCCUAUGCUCAAGGCCACCACUCGGCGGCACUCAAGCAAUAUCUGACUGCCCUGCUCAUGAGCACCGACUACUUCACUCAACCACCGCCGAGGUCCCUCGCAGAUGAUGUCAUGUACAAGAAGAUGGCCCACUGCUGUAGCAAGUUGCAGUGUCACACUCAGGCUGCUCUGCUUUGCCAGUUAAUGGAAGAGCCAGACUACAGUGCAUCAUUCAAGUCCCUGAAUGAACGCCAGUGCCAAGACAGCUGUGAUUCUCUGUAUGAGCACGUGUUUGAUGUGACACUUCUCGAGUUCCUCGUGCACCUGCACACACGACGUGGCGAGUUGGAGUCCCGCCAAAAAGCACUUCACUGCAUGGGCUUGCUUGAACUCAAUGCCAGCAACAAUGAAGAGAUCCAGCGAGAGGCUGCCAAUGUGCGUCGAGGAAACUUUCUGCGAGUCUUGGCUCGCCAGUACCUUUAGGCGUGUGUUUCACACAUUCAUGCACUUUGCCAGCAGUUUCACACGCGAAGCCUUAUGCUGCAUGCACAAGAGUCUGACUGUAGCAUUGCGUGACUGUGCCAGAAAUGUGUACGUACAGCUAUUUAUGUUUCUAAUCAACAUCUGUUCAUCGUUGUGUGAGUUAUGUUCAUCAGAAUGGAGUAAUGAAUUUAAUUCAAUUAUCCUUUAUUUAAAUAAUAAAGAAAAGGCAGGAUUCAGAAACUUCAA